UUGAGAAGCCAACAGAAGUGUCGCUGACGGCAGCCCCUGGCAUUGUGCAGAGGGCUGGCGUUUCUUGGUGGUGUGAGGCGGUGGGAUUUGCGCGCAAGCAUUUUGGCAAGCCAAGGCUCAGAGGCACAAGUAGGAUUCAUGUGUCAUUGCCUCCUCGGACACCAUGAAGCCCCGAAACACAGUGGAAACUCUCCUGAGAGCCCUGGGGAGAAGGGAAAGUGCCCGAAUACCAAGUAGCUGCCGGCCUGGGAAGGUGUCCGAGCCUCACAACUUCAAAGAGAAGGUUUUUAAGAAGAAGAAAAAGGCAUGUAUCGUCUGCAAGGAAUCCAUAGAAGCCCAAGGGCUUGUGUGCAGAGUGUGCAAAAUGGCAAGCCAUAAAAAAUGCGAAGCCAAGGUGCCAUCUUCCUGCCAGCCCGUCCCUCCAAGCGAACUGAGACGGAAUACAGCCCCGGUCCGGCGCAUUGAACAUUUGGGCUCCACUAAGUCCCUCAACACUGCAAAGCAGCGGAACACACUGCCCAGAAGCUUCAGUCUGGACCACGUAAUGGAGCGCAAGUAUGAUUUUGACCUCAUCUACAUCACUGAACGUAUCAUCUCGGUGUCUUUUCCUCCUGCUUUGGAGGAACAACGUUACCGUAGCAAUCUCCGAGAGGUGGCGCAAAUGCUCAAAUCCAAGCAUGAGGACAAGUAUCUGCUCCUCAACUUAUCAGAGAAACGGCAUGACAUCAUCCGGUUGAACCCCAAGGUGCAAGAUUUUGGCUGGCCAGAUCUGCAUGCUCCACCUCUGGACAAAAUUUGUUCCAUCUGCAAAGCCAUGGAGACCUGGCUAAAUUCAGAUCCUCAGCAUGUGGCUGUCCUUCACUGCAAGGGCAACAAGGGCAAGACGGGUGUGAUCGUAGCCUCUUACAUGUACUACAGCAAAAUCUCGGCAAGUGCAGACCAGGCCCUCAGCACACUAACCAUGCGCAAGUUCUGUGAAGACAAAGUAGCUGCCUCUCUCCAGCCAUCGCAGAAGAGGUAUAUCCAUUAUUUCAGUGGGCUUCUCUCAGGCACGAUCAAGAUGAACAGCAAUACCCUUUUUCUGCACCACGUCCUGCUCCCAGCCAUUCCUACUUUUGAAAGUGGAGGAGGUUAUCAACCUUUCCUAAAGAUCUACCAAUCCAUGCAACUGGUCUAUACCUCUGGGAUCUAUAGCCUCCAUGGUGCCAGUGGCACUCAGAAGAUCUGUAUCACUCUGGAGCCGGCCUUGCUCUUGAAGGGAGACGUCAUGGUGAAAUGCUAUCAUAAGCAUCUGCAGGGAGGAGAGCGAGAUGUUGUGUUUCGGGUCCAGUUUCACACUUGUACCAUCCACAGCACCCAACUCUGGUUCAGCAAAGACGAGUUGGAUGAAGCCUGGAGAGAUGAAAGAUUUCCCUUUGAAGCAAGUGUGGAAUUUGUCUUCUCUUCUAGUCCAGAGAAAAUUAAAGGCCGAGAAACCUAUAGAAACAAUGCUGAUGUCGCCGUGGAUUACAGUAUCUCUGAUCCUAUCGUCCGCUGGGAUUCCUACGAGAACUUCAACCUGCAGUAUGAGGACAGUUUGGAAGAUGUCUUACACACUCAGGGUCCUCUGGACGGAAGCCUGUAUGCACGGGUCAAGAAGAAAAACGAGCUGAGUCACUUCUCCUCCAGCAACGGCAGCCCAGGAAGCCUAGAGUCUCCACCACCGCAGGGUGGGCGCCUCUUGUCCAUCAGCAGUGACUCAGGACACUCCUCUAUGCUAACGGAGAAGGCAGAAGACAACACGCCUCCAUCCAGGCCUCAGCCCACACCAGCUGAGAAGGAAGAGUUGGAUCGGCUCUUGGGGGGCUUUGGCGUCCAGCCUCAGCAGUCAAGCGAGGGGUCUUGUUCUCAUUCAGUUUCUCCUCCUGCCACUAAAGAGAGAGAAACAGCCAUUUUAGAGGAUGAACUUUCUGAUAUAGGCCAGCCAGGAAGCUCUUUCUCCUAUCAACCUCCACGUUCUGGCCUGGCCCGCCAUUGUUCUUGUCGUCUGGAUUAUUGCUCCCACAGCCCCGAGAGACCUCGCAAUAUGUCCUAUUAUAGGCCGGAAAGUGUUUUGGAGCGGCGGCAGCCCAUCCACAAUGGGGGGCACUCUCACCUGCACUCGGAGGGAUAUGAGGAGAAACGACGCGUGUUCCGUUCCCUUUCGGAGGGCCUACAGCCCCAUACCUACCCCUACGGCCAUGAGCUGCUGCCUCCUCACAGUCCUAACAGGCGGGAGCCCAAUGAGCUGCUUAUCUUGGAGGACCAGCCUACCUUUUUAUGCCCAUGCCAAGAUUGCCAAGAAGCAGCACGGGAAGAAUCAAGGCUGCCCCUGGCUUCCUUCUACAAUUUACACCUGGAUCAGGAACCGGACUUCUGGGGGGUAGACAGGCCACCCAUGCUUCAUCAUCCUCUCCACCGGGGUGGUCAGCCGGUGCCUAUCCUAAUGCCAGCCAGCUAUGGGCCCCAUUCCAUGCCCCAUCAUCAGGCUUUUAACUUUGAGCCCAAUGUGAUGGCCACUCAUUUAGGCCAUGGGUAUCCAGCCCACCAGAGGCCCAAAGUAACAGAAGAUAAUGCGGAGGCAUUUGCUUAUCAUCGCUAUGGCUCAGCCUACCAUCCAGUUCCACCUGGAUAUACCUGUGGCAGAACCCCAGUCAAGCCCUGCCUCUCCCCCUACACAUCGGGGUACUUGGCGUCUCCUCACUCGGGCUCCAUUUCACCAACCAGCCCGCUGUAUCCACCAUCCCGGAAGCAUGGAUAUGAACUCCCAGAGGGCAACGAUGGAUACUUACUGCCAUCAUCCACAGAACAACCAUGUGAGCUUCAAGACUGCAGGGAGGGCAUCCCCUGGCAAAACCUGCCUGCCUCCCUACAACCUCAUCAGCAGGAGGUCCGAGCUGCUUGUACAGAUGAGUCUACAUCUCCCAUGCCUGUGCACACCAGCAGUCCUGUAUUCAACAACAACAACAACAGCCCUGGAUCUCGCAAGCUCUGCCACAAGACCGCCAGCCCCCUGGAGAACAUGCUCCAGUCAAACCUUGAGGAGCAAUCCUCUCCUGGAUACAAAAGAGCCCCUGAGAGAAUGACCUCAUCAGGCAACCCAUCCCAAAUCUUAUCCCCAAUGCCGGCUUUCGUGCACUUCCCUGCCUUCAGGCCACAAGCUAAUGGAGCCCCCCAGAGGCCAGGCCUCCAGGCGCCACAGCUGUGUUCUCGCAAUUACUGUGCUUCUAGUUCGCCACACGUGCCUCCUUCGGCCCCCGCCAAGCACUCUCCCUUCCUGGAAAGGCAGCAGCAUCAAAAUGGCUCCGAUGCCUGUGGCCUUAGUGCUACAGUGCCGAUGCCCCAUGAGUUGCCCCCUCAAGAUUCUCUGGAGCAUCAGCCAGGGCCUAUCAUGGAGAGACAGCCCCAGAGGCUCAUGCCCAAGGCUCCCUGCCCCAGCCAGCCCUCUCCUGGCUGCAGGACAGUCUCUGGUGCUCCAGCCUCACCUACCACUCCGGCCAUCUACAAUGGGAGAUUGCAGACUGAGCGAGAUGAACUGGACGCAAAGGGCCUUCCCCACGGUCCCAACCUCAGCCCCUCUCUUGGGCCCUGCUCCCUCAGCAUCCAGCCCCCAGCGCUCGGCUGUGGCAUUGCUGAUAUGCAGAGCUCACCGACUCCAGCCUUCCCCAUUGCAACAGCCUACUACACAGGCAUGGAGGGCAGCUCUGGCAGCCGAGAGCAACCUCGGGAGUCCCAGCAGCCUCCGCUGCCUGAGAAACAUCACCUACUGGCCACCAGGACCUGGGAGAGGAACUCACCACCCGGGCGUAGUCCAGGCUCUGCUCACCAUGUCACCUUUGCCCCUGGGGUGCCUGACGGCAUUGCACCUGGCCCAGAUCUCCAGCAAGAGAACCCGGUUAGCGUCAAAUUUGUCCAAGACACGUCAAAGUUCUGGUACAAGCCCCACUUGUCUCGGGACCAAGCCAUUGCUCUCCUGAAGGACAAGGAACCCGGCACUUUCCUCAUUCGGGACAGUAACUCCUUCCAGGGGGCCUAUGGUUUGGCUUUGAAAGUGAUAACACCUCCACCCAACAGCAUCAACCAUUCCACCAAAGGAGACCCCGCUGAGCAGCUGGUGCGCCACUUCUUGAUCGAGACGGGACCCAAAGGGGUGAAGAUCAAGGGUUGUAACAAUGAGCCCCAUUUUGGCAGCCUGCCAGCAUUGGUCUCCCAGCACUCCAUCACCCCCCUCUCGUUGCCUUGCCAACUCCGCAUCCCAAGCAAAGAUCUCACUGAGGAAAGACCAGAGCUGGCCAUUCCCACCAAUAUGAGCACUGCUGCUGACCUGCUGAAGCAGGGAGCAGCCUGCAGCGUGCUUUACCUGAGCUCUGUGGAAACAGAGUCCCUGACGGGGCCACAGGCUGUGGCGAAGGCGACCACCAGUAUCCUGGCUUCGACUCCCCAUGCUUCGGCCAGUACCGUUCACUUCAAGGUGUCAGCCCAAGGCAUCACACUCACAGACAACCAGAGGAAGCUGUUUUUCCGGCGUCAUUAUCCAGUCAACAGUGUUACCUUCUGCAGCACGGAUCCUCAGGACCGCAGGUGGGCCAACACGGAUGGCACUACAUCCAAGAUCUUUGGCUUUGUUGCCAAGAAACAAGGCAAUCCAUGUGAGAAUGUCUGCCAUCUUUUUGCUGAGUUAGAUCCUGAGCAGCCAGCAUCGGCCAUCGUCAAUUUCAUCACCAAGGUUAUGCUGGGCACACAUCGGAGAUGAAGGCAGCUUGGCAAUUACUCCAGGCCUCUCACAUGCCAUUCUUCCUUCCUCCCCAUCUUAACUGCCUGUCUGGAUGCCUAUGAUGUUUUGUGGCAUCUCUGCAACAUGGGAACAGGAAUGGCUAGCUCUGCAGCGUUACUCAAAGUAGUCUUCUACCCUCUCCAUUUUAAUCCACUGUAUUAUUUCCACAAUCCACUGACCAGAUACAGUGGGGAAAGAGCCCACUUGAUCCCAACAGAUCAAGUGUGAGGUUUUAACAUUUCUCACUACCACAGAAAACACCCAGGAACAAAAGCUCUGACGAAGACUGCACAACUUACAGUAGUGUGCUACUUCUUCCAUAAGCCAAGAUUUUGUGACCUGAUUAUAGCUAAAUGCAUUCUAAAGCAUCCAGGUGGGGAAGCAUUUUUUUGUACAGAUGAAGAAGAGAGAGGUUUCUCUAGCCAGGCCAAAGAACACACUAAAUUUACUUUGAGACACAUUUAAGAACCACCAGACUUCUGGCGGAAAGCAUAACCCUAACCCUAACCACCUGAGAAAAAAAUAUCUAGCAGCCUUUCCUUCUACAAACAGCAUUGCUCUGGGCAAGCACGCCACUUUAAUGGAGAAACAGGGCACUGGAGGUCCAAUCUUGUAUCUCACUCCAACAAGCAGAUUAGGCAUGACAGUCUUUAUUUGUAAGGCGUUAUCCAAUCCUAAAUUGUUUUCUUUCAUUAGACAAAGUGGUGCCCAGCUUUGUAUAAAGCAAUGAAUUAUUCUUGGAAUUAUACAAACUCAGGUUCUAGCUGUCAAGUUUUUUGGGGGGGGAUUCUUCAAUGCACGGUCUUUUUGAAAAAAUAGAAAGCUUCCCUCCAGUUUCCUAACUGAUUAUUGGCCUUACUGAUUUAUUGGGUCUGAAAACCCCUAUAAUCCAAUGCUGUUGUCUCUGAAGCCUGGAAUUAAGCUACUAUUAUUUUUUCAGUUACCGUCACCCUUCGAGAUACAACAUGUCUGGGUAACCAAUUGUGCUGCUGCUGUUUAGUGCUGCUCUGUGAACGUCUGAUCUGGGAUACAAUUAGUGCAAGCCGCUACUGUAGUUCAAUAACUUUUGAGCUUGCUCCAGUGCUUGAUUUUCAUUUUGAAUUGACACUGACAACGGAAGGAGAAACCAACAGAUACAUCAUGAAUUCUUCAGUAUCGUGGAAAUGGUGACCAAGUAGGGGAACACAAAACUCAAAUGUAGUUCAAGAGUCAUCCCCCCCACACCAAACAACCUCACUAAGGAUUGCAUCUUAUUUGUAAUGCAUGCAAGCAUUUUGGCCAGUGUAGGCUCUACAUCAAAAUGGCAAACUGAUUGAAGCAAGAAACGCUUUUAAGCUCCGUAUGUGAAAAUACUGCCAACUGUGUGAGAGGUACAUACAUUCCAUUUGUCUUGUGGUGAUGAGAAGCUGGAACAGACACAUAAUGCUUAAGUUGUUGAUGUAAAAUAUCCCAACUGACAAUAGGCCAUAAAUACCUUGGCCAGUGAGUUCUAUAAUGGAGUAACAUGUGCAGCAUUAGGCAAUUGUAUGUGAUGAAGGAUAAGUGUUGGGCAGAGUGGAUUCUCAAUUCCCAAAGACCUUGCAGAUACUGCUAAGGCUAGAGGCUACUCCCUAGGAUAAAAAGAUAUUGGGAUGAACAAGAUACAUUGCUCUCAUUUCAAUUCAAAGUGGAAAGCAGCAGGAAUCUAGAACGUAAUAGGUCCAAGAAGGAUGUGUUGGUUCUCCACAGUGAAAGCUAUUUUGAUUUCAUGGAAAAUCAUCUGGACAUCUUGUUGAGUUUGACUCCUAGUUCUAAGCAACGAGCUAAAAUCCAAAUAAUUGGUUGGGGAGGACCAUAUAUCACAUGCAGCUCAUUUCUUAAAGAUCAAUUGGCUGGCCACUGAACACAAUUUUUUGCUUCUGAUCCGCCUAAGUUUAGAAACUCACAAAACAUACUAAGAAAAUGGGCAGGUGAUCAAUGUUAGUUUUAGCAGUUUGAUAGCUCAAAAAUCCAUUUUAAUGACUCUCUUCAGACACUCAGGAUUCACUUUCCUAUACAACUAUUUAAAGAGUUUAUCUCUGCAUCUGGAUAGCACACAGCAGAAUAUAUGAGCAGUCACAGGAUUAAGGCACAGGAGGAGGUGAAGGGCUUAAAAAAACCUUGAUGUAACAGAAGCCUCAUUUUAAUUAUUUCUGGGUUUUGAGUUUUUCAUUCCAGAAGACCAGCUGUGUGUAUUUUCCUUCCCCACCAGACUAGAAGAUUGCUUUUUUUUUUUUAAAUCCAAUUCAGAAUUGUGUUCUUAAUAAGCAUAGUAUAUUAAUUCCUCAUGUGCUUAGGUGCAAUUGGUUGAACCAACCUCCCAUUAAGACAUGCCAGCGCAAGUACCAAGGAAGCACACAGCAGUUGUGCUUGGAGGAGUCCCUGUUCUUGGUGGAGCACCUCUGGUGAGAUUCACAUAAGAUUCCCCCCACCAACAUCUUCAAGAUGGGUCAUUGAGCGCAAAAGACAUAUCAUAUGAGCUAGUGAAGAGAGUUCUGCUGCUCUACAAACGUGCCUUCCAAUCUUUGAAAGUGGCGGGAAGGGGAGGGUUGGGUUUAGUACAGAGUUUUAUUUUGUCUACUAAAGAAUUUAUAUCUGAAUGUUAGCGAGAGAUGUCUUGAUAAUAUAUAUGUAUGUGUGUAUAUAUAUAUAUAUAUAUAUAUAUUUGUGAAGGGGGAGGGCGGGCAGGGGAGAGAAAGCUGCAGCACUAUUAUUUUUUAUAUCUGUAUUUUUAUCUUCUGUACAAACGACAACCCGUUUCUCGUUUAUUCAAAAUUAACAUACCAGGAAAAGAAA